AUGGAAGAUGAAGAAGAUAAUGGUUUUCUAGUUCAUAUUUUCACAGGAUCACAAAGUCCAUGUGAGGUUUCCGUUCUUAGGAAGAUUUGUAUGAAGUAUGGGUUAACACAAUGGGAUUUAAUGAACGGAUAUCUUCCUUGGAGACAGCGAACAGCAUUGCGAUCAAUGGUAUGCAGGAUGAUUAAGAAGCAAGCAAUUUCAGAAUAUGAUAACAUUCGCGCAGAUCCACUGAGAAUUCAAAAAGAUAACGAAGAAUUGAUAAAUAAUCCAGAGAAAUUAAAAGAAUCUGGAUAUGUUUUUAAAGGAGGCUUAUUGGUUAGUACAAAAUGGGAUAGAGCUAGUUCUGAAUGGGAAAAAACAAGAAUGGAAAAUACUAAAAAGUAUGAAAUUCCUAAAGAAGAAGCUGAAACAAUUAACAUUCCAUCAGUAAUAUCUGUAGAUUACAUGCGGCAACAAUGUUUUAGACGUAGACAGUCACUUUUAAUUUAUCGAGCGGCGUUGAUCGCAGAAAUCGCUCGUCGUGAAGGUAAAAAGCCUGAAAGUUUAAAUGUAGAUGAGUUACAGAUAAGAUCCGGAUGUGAUGUCGUUAUUCCAAAAGCAAGUACUAAAUUAGAACCAGAUCCUGCCAUUGGUGAAGUAUUUUAUACACCCAACCUUAACUGA